AUGGUCGAACGCACACACUUGGCAUUCCAUCAUGAUUCACAUCUCUCUACCAUACAAACCAUAAUCACAUCCAUAACUCCUCUCACAACCCUUGCCGAAGAGAACAAACUCCUUUUCAAGGACGCUAAGGACGAUGCCUAUGCUAUCACAACCAAAUCCACCAUUUUUCAUCCGCAAGGCGGCGGCCAACCAUCGGAUGAAGGGACUAUGGAAAAUGAGGAAGGAAUAAAAUUUACCGUUCAAAUGGUACGCAUGAGUGCUAUCACCGACGGGGAAGUCCUCCACUUCGGCACAUUUUCCGCGCCCACCUCAUUUAGCCCCUCUCAGCAAAUCACUCAGAAAAUCGACCAAGAAAAACGCCUUCUAUAUUCUCGCUAUCACACCGCUGGCCACGUCCUCGGAGCUGCGGUCCGUCACCUCGUCUCCUCCUCCGUUCCUAACUUUGAUGAAACAAAAGCUUCUCACUUCCCCUCAUCUGCCGCUUGUGAAUUUGCCGGCCUCAUAGAAAGUACAUGGAAAACACCCAUCCAACAGAAACUCGACGAGUAUAUCGAGGCGGAUAUGCCUGUUGAGAUUGACUGGUGGGAUGAGGCUGAUUUCAUUGCAAAUGGAAUGGAGAGAUUGAUACCCGACCGAGUAGCCAUGGGAAUGACGAAGGAGGAAAAGUUCCGCGUGGUGAAGAUUGUGGGGGCGGAAACUUAUCCUUGCGGUGGGACGCAUGUGGAUAGUACGAAGCAUUGUGGAAAGACAAGCGUGAAAAAAGUUGCGAGGUCAAAGGGGACGAGUCGGGUGGGGUAUACACUGGCCUGA